AUGGCGUCGCUGUACCAGCGCUUCUCGGGCAAGAUCAACACCUCGCGCUCCUUCCCGGCGCCGCCCGAGGCCAGCCGCCUCCUGGGCGGCCCGGGCCCCGACGAGGACGGCGGCCCCCGCGGGGCGGCGCGGCCCCCCGGCCCGCAGGCGGCGGCGGCCCCGGCCCGGGCGCGCGGCGCGGGCGGCCGGCCCCGCUUCCAGUACCAGGCGCGGAGCGACGGUGACGACGAGGACGAGCUGGUGGGGAGCAACCCUCCACAGAGAAACUGGAAAGGAAUCGCGAUCGCCCUGCUGGUCAUUCUGGUCAUCUGUUCCCUGAUCGUCACCUCGGUCAUCCUGCUGACACCAGCGGAAGAUAAUAGUCUGUCUCAAAAGAAGAAGGUCACCGUGGAAGAUCUUUGCAGUGAUGAUUUUAAAAUCCACGACCCGGAGGCAAAGUGGAUAAGUGAUAAAGAAUUCAUCUACAGAGAACGGACGGGAACUGUGAUACUGAGGAACGUUGAAACAAAUAACUCUACAGUGCUAAUAGAAGGCAAAAGAAUCCAAUCCUUAAAAGCCAUCAGAUACGAAAUCUCUCCAGACAGGGAAUAUGCUCUCUUCUCCUAUAACGUGGAACCGAUAUAUCGACACUCCUAUACUGGAUUUUAUGUCCUGAGCAAAAUUCCGCAUUGGGACCCUCAGAGUCUGGACCCACCGGAAGUCAGCAAUGCAAAGCUGCAGUAUGCAGGGUGGGGCCCCAAGGGACAGCAGCUGAUUUUCAUCUUCGAGAACAACAUCUACUACCGCGCACACGUGGGGAGGCAGGCCAUCCGCGUGGUCUCCACAGGGAAGGAGGGUGUGAUCUACAACGGCCUCAGCGACUGGCUCUACGAAGAGGAGAUCCUGAAGACCCACAUCGCACACUGGUGGUCUCCCGAUGGCACACGGCUGGCCUACGCCACCAUCAAUGACUCCCGCGUGCCUGUCAUGGAGCUGCCGACCUACACGGGCUCCCCGUACCCCUCCGUGAAGCCCUACCACUACCCCAAGGCUGGCAGUGGAAACCCCAGUAUCUCCCUGCACGUGACUGGCCUGAACGGACCUGCCCAUGACCUGGAGAUGACGCCGCCAGAUGACCCCCGCAUGAGGGAGUACUACAUCACCAUGGUGAAGUGGGCCACCAGCACCAAGGUUGCCGUGACCUGGCUGAACCGGGCGCAGAAUGUGUCCAUCCUGACCCUCUGCGACGCCACGACCGGGGUCUGCACAAAGAAACACGAGGAUGAAAGCGAAGCAUGGCUCCACAGACAGAAUGAAGAGCCCGUGUUCUCCAGGGACGGCCGGAAGUUCUUCUUCAUCAGAGCCAUCCCGCAGGGGGGCCGGGGGAAGUUCUACCACAUCACUGUGUCUUCAUCCCAGCCCAACAGCAGCAAUGACAACAUCCAGUCCAUCACGUCUGGGGACUGGGACGUGACCAGGAUCCUCUCCUACGAUGAGAAGAGAAACAAGAUCUACUUCCUGAGCACGGAGGACCUGCCCCGGAGACGGCAGCUGUACAGUGCCGACACGGUGGGCAACUUCAACCGGCAGUGUCUGUCCUGCGACCUUGUGGAGAACUGCACCUACUUCAGCGCCAGCUUCAGCCACAGCAUGGACUUCUUCCUGCUCAAGUGCGAAGGUCCCGGCGUGCCCAGAGUGACCGUGCACAACACCACGGAUAAGAAAAAACUCUUCGAUCUGGAAACCAAUGAGCAUGUUUGGAAGGCCAUUGGUGACCGGCAGAUGCCCAAGAUAGAAUACAAGAAAAUCGAGAUCGACGAUUACAGCCUGCCCAUGCAGAUCCUGAAGCCCGCCACCUUCACAGACACCACGCACUACCCGCUGCUCCUUGUGGUGGACGGCACUCCAGGCAGCCAGAGCGUGGCGGAGAAGUUCGAGGUGACCUGGGACACGGUGCUGGUGAGCAGCCACGGGGCGGUGGUGGUGAGGUGUGACGGCCGGGGCAGCGGCUUCCAAGGAACCAAGCUCCUGCACGAAGUGAGGCGGCGGCUGGGCGCGCUGGAGGAGCGGGACCAGGUGGAGGCCGUGCGGACCAUGCUGAAGGAGACGUACAUCGACAAGACGCGGGUGGCUGUGUUUGGGAAGGAUUACGGUGGCUACCUGAGCACCUACAUUCUCCCGGCCAAGGGCGAGCACCAGGGCCAGCUGUUCACCUGCGGUGCUGCCGUCUCUCCCAUCACAGACUUCCACCUCUACGCGUCGGCGUUCUCCGAGCGCUACCUGGGCCUCCACGGACUCGACAACAGGGCCUAUGAGAUGACCAAGGUGGCCCACCGAGUGUCAGCACUGGAGGGACAGCAGUUCCUGCUCAUCCACGCCACGGCCGAUGAAAAAAUCCAUUUCCAGCACACGGCAGAGCUCAUUACAGAGCUAAUCAAGGGAAAGGCCAAUUACAGCUUACAGAUCUACCCCGACGAGGGCCACUACUUCCACAGCACCGCCCUCCAGCAGCACCUGAACCGGGCCAUCAUCAACUUCUUCGUGGAGUGCUUCAGGAUCCAGGACCAGCUACCCACAGCCACAGCGAAAGAGGAGGAAGAAGAGGACUAAGCACACGUCUGCCCUGCGCGCGCUCACACACACACACACACGUGCAACUGAGACCUCUCCCCGGGGCCUGAGGGCGGCCAGGCCGAGGGGACGAAGGUCGGUUGCACGUGUCUCUCCUGACCGCCCGCAGCCCGGACACCCGCCCCAGCAGCCUCACCUCCCCCUGGCCCCCAGAGACUGGCACGUCCCACGUCCACCCCCCAGAGGGACAAAGCGAAGGACAGAUGGCAGCGAGGCCCCAGGAAAACUGGCCCCUAAACUCACGCUUCCACUCAGCAGCCCCGCGGCCCUCUGUGAGCGGUGUCCACGCCGCCCCCCCACCCCCACCGCCACAGCCAGGCCUCGAAACAGCACGGCCCAGGACGCGCUCACCGACGCCCGGCCGCGUUCCACAGCGCGCCCCACAUCUGCCCAGACAAGAGCCGCUCCUCCUCAGUGCUGCUGCCGCUGUGCGCUCGCGCGUUAACCGCGGAAGGAUCGGGUGUUUCUCUGUGGCGUUAGCCGCGCGCGGGGGGCUGAGGCGCUGCUCCCUCGUUGCGUUUCUUCCCCUUCUUUACUUUCCUUUGGCCGCUGCAUCCGCCUCCGGGGAGCGGAGGGGAAGCGCGCUCCGCGCCGUGGUCGCUGGUGCGGGCGCUGCAGCCGCUGAGGGAGAACGCGCAGGAUCGAGGAGCCCAAAAUCCGUCCGUCCCCCCGCACUGGGGGGUGGCCGUCGGUCCGUCCUGUCCUGCCCCGCCCGCGUCCUCCCUGACAGGUCACCGGGCCCUGUCACAGGACGUUUGUUUGGGAAUCACCAGCUGGCGAGGCGUGGGGGGUCGGAAGGGAAGUGCGGGAGCGGCCGCCCCAGCCCCGGGGCGGAGGCCUGGCGCGGCUCCCCGUGGACCGUGUAAGAUACGCGCUGGCGGCACCGCCGC